AUGAAGAUUGUCGGAGAUGUGAAGGGAGAAGAUUCUAAACUCUGUUGGCUUGGAAGGGUUGAAGAAGCAAAGCUUCUGCGGGCCCAAGGUCAACAUGAGAUGGCAAUUAAUCUUGCAAAGUACAUCUCUGAAAAUCGCAAAAUGAAUGAGGCGGCAGUAGAUGUAUAUCGUCUAGUUGGAAAAUGCUAUGAGGAAAGACUCACCUCUAAUGAGUGUGAUGGUAGAGUUUGCAAGUGGUUGCAAAAACAACUCACAAUGGACAAAGAGGAGGUUGAAAAGUUACAGCAAGAUAGAGAUAAUUUCCUCAGCAUAACAUUGGAAGGAUAUAAGCGAUGUCUAGUCAUUGCCGACAAAUAUGACGUUCGGGUGGUUUUUGGCUCUGCUGGUGUAAUAGAAAAUCCCAUGGAUUUCGCAAAGAGUGUGGGAGUUGGCAUCAAAUAUUUCCUCUCAGUUCCAGCCAAAAGCUUUAUGAAGAGUCGAGCAGGACUCAUCAUAGGCAUGGCACAAGGAACUACUAGUCUUCUUAGUAAUACAGCAAGACUCAGAGGAAGAUGCUUGCAAAUGUGGAGACUCAAAUGGAGCAAGUCAAAAAAUAAUAUUGAUAUGAAAAGAGAAGAAAUGAGAACAAAAAUUGUUGAUCAUUUAAGCCCAGAGGAAAAGACUCUCUUUUCAUGUUUGAAUCCUGAAAUAGAAGAACUUAAAGAAAGGCUUGUAGCCAGUAGGGCUACCCGAGUAGAGGUUUGCCAAUAG